AUGGCUCCUGAUCUCAACUCUCUCCCACCUUCCCACGGGGAGACCUCUACCACUCCUGCUCCUCAGCUCACUUCAGAGACGGACAGGCCCAACAUUCUCUUCAUCAUGGCUGAUCAACUGGCUGCUCCUCAACUCAAGAUGUACAACCCCAAGUCCCAGAUUAAGACACCAAACCUCGACCGUCUUGCUUCAACAGCAGUCCAGUUCGACUCGGCCUACUGCCCUUCACCCCUCUGUGCCCCUUCACGUAUGAGUCUGAUCAGUGGCCAGCUGCCCAUGAAGAUCGGUGCUUACGACAAUGCUGCCCAGAUUGGCUCUGAUGUGCCAACCUAUGCCCAUUACCUACGCUCCAAGGGCUACCACACAUCCCUUGCUGGUAAGAUGCACUUCAUUGGCGAUCAACUUCACGGUUACGAGCAACGACUCACUAGCGACAUCUACCCUGGCGACUUUGGCUGGGCUGUGAACUGGGAUGAACCUGACACCCGCCUUGAGUGGUACCACAAUGCCAGCUCUAUUCUUCAGGCUGGCCCCUGUGGACGAAGCAACCAGUUGGAUUACGACGAGGAGGUCAUGUUCAAGAGUACUCAGUACCUUUGGGACCACGUUCGAGAGGGCCCUAACAAGCGACCUUUCGCCUUGACUGUCUCACUCACUCACCCCCACGACCCUUACACCAUUACCAAGAAGUACUGGAACUUGUACGAGGAUGUGGACAUCGACCUGCCCGAGGUCAAGAUGAACAAGGAAGACCUCGACGCUCAUAGCCAACGUCUUCUGAAAGUUUGUGAUCUUUGGGACCAGGACUUUACUGAGGAACAGAUCAAGCGAGCCAAGCGAGCGUACUAUGGCUCAGUCAGCUAUGUUGAUGACUGCAUUGGCCGUCUUCUCGAGACACUGGAGGAUGCUGGCCUGGCCGAGAACACCAUUGUCAUCUUCAGCGGCGAUCAUGGCGACAUGUUAGGCGAGCGAGGACUCUGGUACAAGAUGAGCUACUUCGAGUCAUCUGUCCGUGUCCCUAUGUUGAUCAACUACCCCAAGCGAUUCACUCCUCACCGCGUCACCCAAAACGUCUCGACUCUUGAUCUUCUACCUACCAUUUGUGAUCUGGUUGGCACCAAGCCAUCACCAUACCUCCCGAUGGACGGUAUCAGCAUGCUGCCUCACCUUGAAGGCCGUGAGGGUCACGAUACUGUUAUCGCUGAAUACACUGGUGAGGGUACUGUUCGCCCUAUGAUGAUGAUUCGACGAGGCGACUGGAAGUACAUCACAUGUCCAGCCGAUGAGCCUCAGCUUUACAACCUCGCCCGCGAUCCUAAGGAGCUGGACAAUCUUGCCCGAUUCAGAAAGAUUGCACCUCAGACGCCUGAAGAGGAGGAGGCCAAGGAGACUUUCCAUAAGUUCGAGGCUGAGGCACAUGAGCGAUGGGACUUUGACGCCAUCACCGAGAAAGUCAUCCUUUCUCAGCGUACACGCCGAGUUGUCUGGGAUGCCCUGAAGGAGGGCGAGUUCACAAGCUGGGACCACAACCCCGAUGACGAUGGCAGAAAGAAGUACAUCCGUUCUUAUAUGGAUCUUGACGAUCUUGAGCGCCGAGCUCGCUACCCAGCCGUCGAUGCCCAUGGAUACGAGAGCAAAGCUGUAUCGCACGUCCGCGCUGGCUAG